UAGGGGAACUACCCUUCUUUGUGAACUCUUGCUCGGGCCCGUGACCCCGCCCGGCCCAGACCCGAGCCCAGGCGGGAACCGGCGGCGGCGGCGGCGACGGCGACGGUGACGGCCGUGGUCGCGCAUCGGCAGUCCGGCGUCGCAACGAGCCUCAGCUCUCCCUCUCUCCCAGAUCCGGCCGCCGCGCGCCCGAAGAACCGCCCCCCUACUCGACGGACGCCCGGCGAGAUGCCGCGCGACCGCGACGAGCCGGCGGCCGUGCGCGUCUACACGGUCUGCGACGAGUCCAAGUACCUCGUCGUCCGGAACGUGCCGGCCCUCGGAUGCGGCGACGAGCUCGGCUCCGUGUUCGCGGCGUACGGCCCCCUGGAAGAGUGCAAGCCCAUGGACGCCGAGGACUGCGAGGAGUACACCGACGUCUACUUCAUCAAGUUCGCGCAGGUCAGCAACGCGAGGUUUGCAAAGAGGAAGUUGGAUGAGUCUGUAUUUAUGGGCAACCGGCUGCAGGUUUCAUAUGCACCUCAGUUUGAAAGUCUUCUGGAUACCAAGGAGAAACUGGAAGUCAGGAGAAAUGAAGUCCUCACACGAAUAAGAUCACCUGCUGGAAGCAGACCUGAAGGGCUAUCUCAAUAUUCACUGGGUCAGGGAUCAUCUAGUGGGAACCCACACCAUCAUAUGAACUCCAACAAGAGAGAAUACGCGAAGACAAUGCAUGCUACUCAUAUCGAAGAUGCUCGUUUCAGCCAUGUGCCCUCUAAUAAGGACUAUUUCCCGUCCGAGUCGAUGAAUGCAACUGUAAAUCUAGUGAGGCAGAAGCUUGAUAAGAUACAGUCCGGCGGCGAUACUUCCGAUGCUGCUGCCGCUGCAUCCAAGAAACCACGGGUUGAUAACCGCAGGCGUAUUUGAACCAUUGGAUGACACAGGCGUUCCGGCCUGUGUUUUAGCCUCUGUUUUGUGCACUUAGACUUACCCUGUCAUCAUUGUUGUGUGCACUUACCUUGUCGUCGUUCGCAGUAGGUCUUUGGCUUGUCGCUUAGCAAUGUAUGCUCCAGAGAAAAUGGUGUAUUGAUGCCAGGCUCAGCAGCUGUUCAUAUGCUGCUUACUCUGUUGUGUUGUCCAUAAGAUUUGUCUUUCUCGCUAA